GCAGCGCGGUCGCGGGUGGGCGGAGCUGGCCGGGAUGAGCGGCGGAGGGACGGAGACCCCUGUGGUUUGUGAGGCCGCCCCGGCCGGCGGCGGCGGCGGCGGCAAGAAGAAGGACUCGCUGGGGACCGGGGGCUCGCCAGCCCACCUCAUUAUCAAGGAUCUUGGAGAAAUUCAUUCAAGGCUGUUAGAUCACAGACCAGUUAUCCAAGGUGAAACCCGUUAUUUUGUGAAAGAAUUUGAAUGCAAGCAGCUACUGACUCGGUCUGUAGACUCCAACAGAGGGAACAGGAGCGAAAAAAGCCACGCCACGAGGCUUGUGGGAUCUUAGUUCCCCGACCAAGGAUCGAACCCCAACCCUCGGCAGUGAAAGCGCCGAAUCCUACCAACUGGACCGCCAGGGAAUUCCCAGGGAAUAAUUUUCACAUGACGUUUUUUCAAGUCCCCUCAGCAACUUGCUUUUCCUCCUCCUGAAUUCUUUGUAGGUUGUCUCUGUGUCUCUCACACUGUCGCAUCCUAAACCCCUUCCUUCAGUGUGUUCUUCCCUCCCAUCGUGACCUUUUCCCCUGAUGAAACCUGGGAUGGUGUCCACCAGAUGCUACCCCAACCUUUUAAAUUUGCUUUUUUGGCUCUACUCUUUAUGAAAACAACCACUUAUGUUCCUAAAAACACGUGGAAUGUGUGUGAAAGUGUGUGAAUGGGAAUAUAUAUUCUUGGCGUUAUUGGUAAUUCACAUAUAUUUCUGUGUCUGUACAGCCUGGGAAAGGCGGCUCUGUGGAAAACAGACAGAACACUCAUCCAAUGACACUAAUAGUAGCAUUUUGUGUUUACACUGAGUAUUACUGGAUAACGGCCACUGUUCUAAAAGCUUUACAUGGAUUCUCUCAUGUACCUUAACCCUCAAAAACUUACCAGGUAGAUGAAGAGAAGGCUUAGGAAGAUUACCUAACUCAUCCAAGCUUCACGGGCCAGUAGAGCCAGGAAUCAAUCCACCCUCGCGCCGACUGCGGUAUCCUCCAGCCACCUCUGUGGUCUCUGUCAGUAUCCAGUAAACGCUCAUAGGUUUCAUUCCUCAAAACCUAACCCAAUUUUGCCCAUUUUGAGUGUUCAUCUAAAUAGUUUUGAGCAAACACUCAAAGUAUGUUUGAAGUCAAUUCCCUAGAUAAAGAUCCAAGGAUUUGGCUAUAUUAGGACACGUGCAAAACUUCUGUGUUUUCUUUUAGACGUUUUGUAUUCUUAACUUGUGCGCUUAGGUCAAAGAACUGUCUUAAACUAAUUUUUGUGAAUUGAGGACUUGUAACCACUAGUUUGUUCUCUAUAUAUCUGUGAGCAUGUUUCUUUUCUGUUAUAUUCACCAGUUUGUUUUGAUAUUUAGAUUCCACAUGUCAGUGAUAUCCUAUAGUAUUUGUCCUUCUCUGUCUGACUUUUCAGUGAGCAUCAUGCCCUCCAAGUCCAUCCAUGUUAUUGCAAGUGGCAGAACUUCAUCCUUUUUAUGGCUGGGUUGCCUGUUCAUUAUUUUUCUGCAUCUUCCACUUGUGGGCAGCAACUGUGUCUUGUCUCUAAAUGAAUGAAUGCCUAAAAGACCCUGAAAUACUUGCAGAAUGACUAGUGCAAUACCACUCAUAGGCACUUUAACUGAAGGUAUAUAUUUGUUUCACUGUCUAAAAUAUUUAGCUUUAUUAAUCUGUCUCAGUGUUGCAGGCUAUAGAAGUAAACUCCAGUCCUUCCCGCCCAGCCCCUGCCCUUCCUCCUCAGUGGGACAGCAUCUUUGGGGUGGGAGUGAGCGGAGAGUGGGAACAGGAGAGGGAUGGUAUCCCAUAGGCCAGACUCCACCACAGCCUGGAGUGAGACACUUCAUGACUUCUCGUUUUAUGUUCCUGGUUCAUUUGCUGUCUUGAUUCUUGGUCUUGGGGCUGUUUCUGCUUUGCUCUGACAGUUCACCUGAGAACCUGGCCCCCAUGGUACCUCUGCGGGGCUCCUGGUGCCCCAGGUCCCCGGGCAGCCCCCCGCUGCGUCCGCAUUGCUCAAAACAGUCUGCAGUGCCCGCUUCCCUUCCUAGAGCGUAGACGUCUGACAUCUGAAUGUUAGGUUUCAUUUUCUGGGGACUCCCGUUUGCAUUCCAUUUUAGCGUGCCCUAAUUUUUCCUUGUCUUCCAUCUGAGAGGAUAUUCUUUCUUUUGUGGGUGAAUUACUUUCUCGUUUAUGUGAGGGGUCUGCAAAGGAUGGCAAUAUCGUAUGUCUUAGAAUUGCUCUAAAUAUGACAUUCUGAAAUACAGACUCUGAUAGUGAGAUUAAAACUGUUUUAGGAUUGUAACUUCUCCCUGGAAAAAGUGAUUUUGUGGUCAAAGCCUCUGCUUGAUGAGAGAUCGUGACCUUCUAGAACCCCAGAGUUGGGUUCUUACUACUUAUACUCAACUUUAGCUGGCUGCUGCCCUUCUUCUAAAGACCGUGAUACCUUCUUUUGUACCUUAAAGCCACCAGCAUUUAUAUGGGUGAACACAACCAUCUGGGAAAGAACUCACUACUUAAACUAAUACUCAGGACUGCACUUCAUGGAAAUUGAAGUUAAUUCCAUUAACAAUAGACAGAU